UUUUUCAACAAUCUUUUCUUUGGACUAUUAUGUUUUGCUUUAAUGUCAAUUCCACUUCGAGUAUUCGAAUUUUCUGUUCAUGAUAAAUUUUGUUCUUUAUCUAAUGUUGAAUAUAAUGAUUUGCGGAUUAAAAAUUAUUUUAAUUCUGAGGAAGCUUUGUAUAGAGAAAUUGUUUUGCCUGGGGAAUUGACAAAAUUGGAAUGGUGUAAUCAAAGUUUUUCCCUUUACAAUAUUUUAUUACCAAAUUAUUACCAAUUUAUUCAACAAAAAUAUUGGGAUGUUGGUCUAUUUAAUUAUUGGAAAUGGCAAAAAUUGCCCUUAUUUUUACUUGCAGCCCCAACUUUGUGGAUUGCAUUUUAUGGAUUUAUUAAACAAACUUUUGGUCUAUUAUCAACAGAUUUGAGACCGAUACCGGAAAUUUUGGUUGAUAGAAAUGGGCAAAUACCUUUUGCUGUUCAUAUUUUGUUUUUGGCAUUUUCUGGUGUUGUGUUUUACAAUGUGGAGAUAUCAAUAAGACUUUUAUUUUCUUCUUCACCAUUUUUAUAUUUGGUAUUAGCUCGUCUUAUAAAUAAUCAAACAUUAGAACAACAAAAAUUGGAUGAUCUCAUAAAUUCAAAAAUUUUACCUUUUUUAAGAGAUUAUAUGAGAAAAGGUUUUUGGCCUUUUUUAAUUUUUUGUUAUUUAUUUGGAUAUUUUAUUUUUGGUACAAUGUUGAAUGUUAAUUGGUUACCUUUUGUUUAA